CACUGAAAAAUAAUUUCAUUCCAAGAUCCAAGUUCACCUUUUGCAGAUAAUUUAAAUUUAUUUCAUAACUUUACUAUAAUUUUCAUAAUUAUAAUUAUUAUUUUAACAUUUAUAAUUAUAGCUGAUAUUUAUUUAAAUAAAUAUAUAAAUCGAUUUCUUUUAAAAAACCAUAAUAUUGAAAUUAUUUGAACAAUUUCUCCUAUAUUAAUUUUAAUAAUUAUUGCUUUCCCUUCAUUAAAAACACUAUAUUUUAUUGACGAAAUUUGAAAUCCAACAUUUUUUACAAUUAAAUCUAUUGGACAUCAAUGGUAUUGAAGAUAUGAAUAUCCUGAAUUAAAUAUAAUUGAAUUUAGCUCUUAUAUAAUUAAAAAUAUUGAAGAUAUAAAUAUAUUUCGAUUGUUAGAAACAGAUAAUCGAUUAAUUGUUCCGAUAAAAAUACCUAUUCGUAUAUUAGCAACAUCAACUGAUGUAAUUCAUUCUUGAGCUAUUCCUUCAUUAGGAGUAAAAAUAGACGCAACACCAGGGCGUAUUAAUCAAAUAACUUUAUUUGUUUCACGACCAGGAAUUUAUUUUGGGCAAUGUUCUGAAAUUUGCGGGAUUAAUCAUAGAUUCAUACCUAUUAUACUAGAAAGAACUAAUUUUAAAAACUUUAUAAAUUGACUAAAGUCAGCCUAAAAAAUUAGUUAAAUAAAUAACAUUAAAUUGUCAUUUUAAAAUUAUUAAUUUUUAAUAUUUUUUUCAUUAGAUGUCUGAAAUGCAGGAACUGGUCUCUUAAACCAUAAAAUAGUAUAAGCAAAUACUUCUAAUGAUUUUUAUAUCCCACAAAUAAUACCAAUAAAAUGAUUAUUAACUUACUUAAUUUCUAUUAUUAUAAUUUUUUUAUUUAUUAUUGUUAUUUAUUAUCAGAAUAUUAAUUUUAAACAGUCUGAAAAAAUGAAAUUAAAUAAUAAUUAUUGAAACUGAAAAUGAUAACAAAUUUAUUUUCAAUUUUUGAUCCUUCUACAAGACUUUUUACUUCUAUAAAUUGAUUAGCUUUACUUAUACCAUUAUUUUUUUUACCCUAUUCUUAUUGAAUUUUACCUUCACGAUUACAAAUUGUUUUAUUAAUAUUAAUAAAUUUAAUUUUUAAAGAAUUUAAGUCAUUAACCAAAAGUAUUUAUAAGUCAAAUAUUAUUAUUUUUAUAAGAACAUUAAUUUAUAUUUUAUUAAUAAAUGUUAUAGGUUUAAUUUCUUAUAUUUUUACUCCAACUAGACAUUUAUCAGUCAAUUUAUCUAUCUCUUUAACUUUAUGAGUAAGAUUUAUAUUCUAUGGAUGAUUAACUAAUACAAACUCUAUAUUUAUUCAUUUAGUACCUUUAAAUACUCCGCUAAUAUUAAUAAAUUUUAUAGUAUUAAUUGAAUCAAUUAGAAAUUUUAUUCGCCCAUGAACUCUAGCAAUUCGACUAUCAGCAAAUAUAAUUGCAGGCCAUUUAUUAUUAUCAUUGCUUGGAUCUUCUAUAAGUAAUAUAUUUAUUAUUUUAAUCCCUUUAGUUAUUGUAGUUCAAAAUAUAUUAAUAUUACUAGAAAUUUCUGUAUCUAUUAUUCAAUCAUAUGUAUUUUCUAUUUUAAGUAUUUUAUAUUUUAAUGAAGUAAACUAA